AUGGAGGACGAGGAAAGGCCCAGGAAAUACCCAAAAUUGAGCAAUGACGAGGGGCAGGAGGGCUCGGAACCUACAAUGACUGGAGCUGUGGAAUCUGUUCCCCACGAGGACGCCGCGCAGCCCACUACGCAGAACGAUGUCGCAACAGUAGCGAAUGGUACCGAUGAUAAGCCAAAGGAUGGACAGCAAGCCGUGGAUGAAAGCAAAGAUGAUGCGCCCAAAGUAUCGAAGAGACAAUUGAAGAAACUCCGUCGCAGAGAACAGUGGGAUGCGCAGAAGGAACAGCGCAAGACUAUCCGAAAAGAAAAAACGGCCGCAAAGAAACAACGAAGACGCGAGGCAUUGAACCAGGCAAGGCAGGAAGGUGGUCAAGAAGCCGUAGACCGGCUUCUCCAGACGUGGCAGUCGAACCGGCAGAAGUUCAAGCAAUCGACUUUGCUACCGAUCACCCUCGUCAUGGACUGUGGCUACGAUGACUUGAUGCUAGAAAAGGAACGGAUUUCCCUCUCAUCACAGCUUACAAGGUCUUACUCCGAUAAUAGGGGAGCGCCCUUCCGUGCUCAUAUGGUGGUCUCCUCUUUCAAUAAAUUGCUCAAGGAGCGUUUCGAUACAACGCUAGCAAAGUCAUAUAAUAAUUGGCAAGGAAUCCGUUUCAUGGAAGAGGAUUUCGCGCAUGCUGCAGAACAGGCUAAGGAAUGGAUGAAGGAGCCUAAGGGAGGUCAGCUGGCAGGCAUGUUUGCUAACAAGACGGACGCAACGCCUGAAGACGGAGAGAUUGUGUACCUCAGCAGCGACAGCCCAAACACACUGACGGAAUUAAAGCCAUACAGUACAUACAUUAUCGGAGGGCUGGUGGACAAAAACCGUCAUAAAGCGAUUUGCUACAAAACGGCAGUGGAAAAGGGAAUCAAGACCGCUAAAUUACCCAUUGGGGAUUACAUUCAAAUGGCCUCGCGCCAAGUAUUGGCGACUAACCACGUUGUGGAGAUUAUGAUCCGAUGGCUGGAACUCGGAGAUUGGGGCGAAGCCUUCAUGAAAGUCAUUCCUCGGAGAAAGGGUGGUACAUUGAAGGACUCUGAGCGAGGCUCGGAAGAUCCAUCACAGGAAGGCGAUGUUGUCGACGCUGAUUCGGAUGAAGAACCGGGACCUGGUGAAAGAGAAGAUGAAGCUGCUGCUCCUCGCACCGACCCUUGA